GGUGUUUCGGCCCCCUUGCAUUGCAAGCCACUGAAAAAUUAUCAUCAUGCAGAGUAGCAGAGUGUCGCUGUGGGUUCCAGGGCCUAACAAACACCAGAGCCUGUAGCCACAAAGUGCCUAUUUCUACAGCAUUAUCGGUUAUCGGCUCCCCGGGUAACUGGUUUGAAAUUCAGCCCUGAAGGACUUCCAUUAUAUUGCUCACUCUGCGGGCUGCUGCUACUGCUUCCACGCGGCAUGCUUGCGGUAGAUAUCGUGCCGGAAAGUCUGCUUCAAGGCCUCUAUGCUCCCGGCAUCAAUCGGUAGCGAUGCUUGAACAGCGCCAACGCCACACAGGCCAUUUUUGCGAUCGAUGAACCAGGUCAGCGUGAGACCGCCGCCCCAAGUCAACGUGCGCUCACCAUACCAGCCUUCGACAUCCUGCAGCGUCAACAAGCCGCCCAAGCCGUGGCCAGCCUUCGUUGCAGGAUCCACACCACACCGGAAGAACACACCCAUAGGGCUUGCCAGCGCGGCCUGGUGCGCAGCCGUGGACUCGGGACUCAAGUGAUGCGUGAACAUGUCUUCAACCGUGGCUGGUGAAAGUAGCCUGCCAUCAUUUGCCAGGAGAGAGUGCAGCACUUUGGCGUAAUCUGCGCCGGUCAUGAACAGGCCAUGGCCGCCGAACGCUCCGUCAGAGCGUUUGUUCAUGUCGGCCGACCCGCCUAGUACCGCGAUACCAAGACCUUCCGGGUCCUGCGGGUUCAGAUCGACCAUACGGGCGCGCAAGUCCUCUCUCGUAACGGGAUGGAACUGGGCAGCAUCGAUGCCGAGCGGGUCGAAUAUGCGCUGCUGCAUUCGCUCGCCUAGCGUGAGACCAGUCACCCUCUCCACAAUGCGGCCGGCCCAGUCGAGCCCUGUGCCAUACAUCCAACCUUCGCCAGGUUGAUAAGCGAGCGGCUCUCUGAACGCUUCCUCUACAGGCCUGCGUAUACCUUCCUGCGGAUGAUCGAACUUCUCCCGCCAUCGGGCGAGGAGCGGGUUCAUGAAGAAGUAGCUGACGCCGGCACUGUGCGUAAGCAACAUCUCGAGCGUAAUGGGCCUUUUCGCCGGCUCAAGCAAAGGAGUCUCGCCAUCGUCAGAAAAGCCUGUGAUGACUUGUUUGGCGGCGAGCUCGGGAGCAACGGAGGACAAAUCGCCAGUUAGAGUCAGCAAACCGUCCUCUACGCACUGAAGGGCAGCGAUGGUGGUGAUAAGCUUCGUGGCUGAGGCCAAGUACAGCACGUCGUCAAGCCGCUGCGGACGUUUCUCCCCGGACAGCAAUGUCCGCUCUCCUAGUGCCUUGUUGUAUACGAAGCGGCCCUCUGCAUCGGUAGCACAAAUGACAGCUCCGUUGAUCUUCCCGUCGUCGAUAGCCUUCUGAUAGGCAGUUUCGAUGUUGUCGGUCAUGAUGGAGGUAAACACUCAAUGAGUAUCCAGUUGAACGGAGAUAAAAAGUAUGGGAAAAGCGGAAGAUAAGUGAAUUGACGAACUUCCCUUCGCUCUUCGUUCCAACUCACCUGCAUGCAGUCUUUAUAUAAGGUUGUCAAGCCUUUGAGCAUUGUCCACAGCAAGAUCACAGAGAUGAGCGUAGGUUGACUUCGAGUGGCACACCCCGCCAAUGUCUCCACUGUCCAGAGUCAUACGCCAGGUACUGCUGCUAUCCGGCCAUUCGCGGGCUCGGAAACGGAGCGUUUUCAUUGGCUAGUAAGAACAUCGACUUUCGGCUCCAAGGCAUUCAGGGUUUGCGAUGCUUCGUUGUGAAACAUUUGAUUGCCGUUUAUAGAUGUCUAAUGCUACAGACCAUGCCUGGAGUGGUAGCAGAACACAGGGUGAGUCAUAUGCGGCAUGAGCAAGAUCAGGAAGCCGAGAACGCACAAUCAAUCUUAUGCACAAAAAGCUUGUAAAAUCGAAAUGUCCGAAGUUGAGAGAACUUGAAGAUGUUGGGAGUCAGCCCGGUUGGCUUAGUCAUCACCAGGCGCCGCCUCAGGGUCCAGCCUGCUCACAUGAGGUCCUGUGAAGCGGCAAGCUGAUUUGCCUGGAGAGGAAAUGAACCAGCCCAGGUACCGAUCUACAUUUCAUUCACGCAUUUUCUGCAACGCCUCGGUCCUCCAAUUUGUACCGCUGGCGCACUUUGAAUCAUGGCUGGAACAGCAGGAGUCUAGACGUCUGGUCCAGACGAGUCAGAUGAUACCUCAAUAUUUACACGGAGCACUCGCGAAGGACCCUUCGCGGAGUGUGAUGCGACGACCUUAGAUCGGCCCACAUAUACAAGUUGGUGUCUGAGCCAGUGGUGAUUUUCUAAACUCUGUGGGCCAGAUCAUGCUCCUAAACAACUGUUUUGAACGCUACGAUGGAAGAACUGGUCAGAGAACUCAAUGACCCAAGCAAUCAGUCCGCCCCGGAACGCAUCAAUGAGAUCCAGAGGCAAAUUCAAAGACUCCAGCGAGAGAAGGCUGCUUGGCAGCUUGGGCUCGACCUUUUGCAGAGUGAAGAGGCCAAUCUACGCUUUUACGGCGCCCUGACCUUAACGAUCAAGAUCAAUGCUGAUUGGGACCAUGAUGAUCUGGGCAAGGAUGAGGCGAUGAGGAACUACCUCCUCGAAGCCCUGGUCAGCAACUACAUCCGGCUUGUCAUUCUGCCCGAUUCGAACUUUGUGCUCCGAAAGCUAUGUUCGACACUAGCCGCGCUCUUCGUCAGACAGGAUUCGGGCUGGAGCUAUCCACUAAGGCAGGUCCUGGCGUGUCUGCUGAGCGGACGUUAUGUCUCCGAGCGGGAUGUGCCUGAAAUGCAAAUAUUGUUGGAGCACGCAAAGGUGUGUUCAGACCAGCAGCUCAAGGGCGUUCUCAUGAUCGCUGCCAUUGUCGCAGAGGAUCUGGGUAACCAUCCUCAAACCUCCUUGGAUGAAAGCAAGCUGUUGUUCCGACUAUCCGCGAACUGUCCGGAUGCCUGGCAUCUAUUUCGGCUCUGUGUGGCGCGGUUCUCGGAGCAGCAAAAUACUCGGCAGGGCCAACCGGAUGAGUUGUUUCAACUGAUAGUGCAGGCAAUACCGUACUGGGCCAGUCUACUAAAACACCAGGAUCCUGCGGAGGGCGAAUCAAAAACUCAGUCUGUUGCCAGAGGAUGCAUUGCAUCCGCUAGCAAUUGGCUGGAGGAAGAUUCAUGCACGGGACUGGUCCUCCAAAUGCUGAUUUCCCUACAACAAUCUACACCAAAGCUGCUUCGUGACUCGAUACCAAACUUCCCGGCGAGUAUAACAACUUCAAGGAAGGUGGGGCAGUUGUUGGAUCGAAUGCUCCAGGGCGAUUUUGACCCCGACGGGAUUCUAUACGUUGAUCUGCUCGAGACAAUAAUGAGUCAAGUCGAUAUUACGAGACCGGACUUCCUCCGCACAGGUCUGUACGAUGGCGUUUUUCUGACGUUGCAACGACUCUUGCGCUGUGAUGGUGUCGCCGUCAUUGAAGAUCCCGUUUGUCAAAUUGCGCUCGAGAAGAUCAGCGAGCUCGUAGAGAGUGCCUCCGACUGGGAGAAGCAUGACGAGCAGAUAGAGACUUUUAUCAGAAACUUGGCCGCAGAUGCAUGUCAAGCAUGCCUACUCAAGGUCAGGCUCCCGGUGGAGCAGAUGUCGAGCGACACACAAGACUGGGAUACGGAUGAGCGCCUGAAGUUCCAGGACUUCCGGUACGACGUGCUGGAUUUUCUUCAAUCGGCUUUCACCAUCCUGGGUUUUGGACUGAUUGAAGAAAUUGUCAAUCAAAUCUUGUCCCAGGGCCCUUCGAUAGAUUGGAGUACCUUUGAAGCAGCCACGUUCAGUCUUACAGCGUUUUCAGAUACCAUGUCGUCCGAUCCGGAGGUAUAUGAUGGCAUCAUAACCACAGUGCUUUCGAGCUUGCCCUGGACGACACUGCUGCAAUCGGGUCCUGUUGUCCCAGACAGAGCACGUCAAACUGGUAUCCGCUUUAUCACGGAAAAUGAAGGCUACUUGCAACGCCACCCGAACAGCUUGGUUGUGGUCCUCAACUUUCUGUUCUCGUCGUUACAUCUCCAGACAUCUGCGUCUGCUGCGUCGCGAGCCAUUUAUAGCUUGUGUGAUUCGCACCGAGCAAUACUCCGAGAAGGUCUGCCGCAGUUUAUGGAAUCCCUUGCGACCAUUGGUGGCCUUGGCGAGGCUGAACGCCAUCGGAUUUACGCUGCUGUUGCUGCAAUCAUUCACGCUCUUCCGAAUGAAGAGCUCAAAAUUGAGCCUUUGUCACGACUGAUAGCUUCAGUUGGCCGGACCUUGGGAGCGCUUGAAGAAGAAGGCGAGUUGGAGCGUGACGAACUCGUCAGGAGAUGUAUUGACGUGAUGCAAACAUUGGCCUGGAUCGGGAAAGGCCUUCGCUCGCCACAUGAUGUGCCGGUUGACCUGGAAGCUCCUUCUCAGGACCAGGGGCGAAAGGAUUUUUGGACCCAAGGUCAUGGCGCACAGGUGCAGCGCUCUGCUUUGAACUUGUACGAGGCUACUCUGAAGAAGAUGCAGGUGUACGUGGAUAAUGUGUUCAUCGAAGCAUGCUGCGAUUUUAUCAAGUCAGGCUUCACCGAGGAACAUCCUUCUCCGUUCAAGUGGCCGGACCUGACGGCACUCUCCUUGGUGUGCGAUCUCGUUCAUCUCGAGAACCCUGCUAUUGACACCAUCUUGACUUGCGCAACCAGCUUGCUUUCCUCGAUAUCCCCAGAAAGCCUGUCGACCGCUGUGGAGAAGCUUGUGUACCUCGUCUGCAGCGGGCUGCAGCAUGUCCUCUCGGCAUAUCAGCAGUCACGUCAACUGCCGGAUAACAAUUUUGCGUCAAGUUCACUUGAUUUCUUGGCUCGACUCGUGUCCAAAUGGGGCACCGUCUGGUUCACCUUGCAAGACAGCGAAGGAACAGCCGCAGUAGCUUUUGAGAUUGGACUCGUCCUGAUGGCUGAGGCCGACACCCUGCCUCGCCGGUCAGCGGCGUUGUUCUUUGCAGCUUUUGCCGAUUUCACCGUUCCGGACGCACUGGCUGCCUUUGAUCCAGGCGUAACGCAACGAGUUGGAAACGUCCUCCACCAGUUCGGGGCCCGCGUGCUGACACUUGUCCUACGACUGCUGGCAGGGGAAUGUGCUCGCUCCGAAAUCGACAGCAUCACAGAACCAUUGAAGAAGUUUAUCCAGAAGCAACUCAUGCUGACCAAAGCGGUGCUGCGUGAAGCCGUCAAACCCGAGGCAGGCAUACUAAGCGAAAAAGCAAUCAAGGCAACGACACCCGAGCAGAGAAACAGAUUCCUAGCCCAGAUUGAGAGUCUUCGAGGCGGGCGCAAGACGAAUGACAUUGUAAAAGACUUCUGGAUCGCGUCUAGGGGCAGUGUGUUUGGAUAUAUUGCCUGAAAAUGACGGCACACAGAAGCAGAAGCCGCAACAGAGUUCAAAAGCCCGUCACAACGUGUUCCGUAUGUACAUUGUGUGCUCGGGCAAAGAGUUCAAUGAAUGACAUGCACGGCAGGCCGUAAGGCAAGACGGCACUGAUGUCCGGCUGCGAACACUGCCCUAAAGCAAGUUGACUCGUUACCGCGCCAUCAGGCUUGAAGGCAUGCUCUCUAUGCAUCCCAUCAUUUCUUCGAUUCAGCCUACAUGCCGCGGUCAAUGCAUGGAUUCACACCCUUCACGCCCCAGACAUACUUACAUUCUGCGCCGUAUUCCCAGCCUGUGUACCCGAGGAUCCCGGUUGAGUUGUCUGAGGCUUGAAUUUUUCAGCCCUAGAUAGCAUUCACUGGUCAGCUUCGUGGGGACAUGUCAAGCCUGGACACCGAGACAACAUACUCCUUGCGCCGGAUAUACUCGUCCUCCAAAGCCUUCUCACGCUGGUUGAAUUUUGGCAGAUCCAUCGCUAUGAGUCUUCGAAGCGGACAGUACUUGAUGUCUCCAAAUAUGUGCAAGGGAUCGUGAUAUUGUCUCGUUCAGUAGCUGUCUCUCUGCGAGUCUUCUGUGCAAUUGUACAACUACUAGGACUGUGUAGUAAUAGGCGAUGGAAGCCUGGCAGCGGCGCACCAAACCGGGCAUGAUAAAGGCAGCAGACGCGACCGCUGACGUAGUUCUGUGUCACGUGAUCGUUGUCUAGAUCUGAACCAAGAUUGAUCACUGCAUGAACAUCGGUAUCCCUGAAGCCGUUGAGUAAUAUCCUG